CUCCGUGUGUGCGUACCGAAGAAGCCAAUGUAUGCAGUUGGUGCUUUAUAUGAAAUUCUAUUUUAGGGGUUGACUCGCUUACGCUCCCAGUACAACUCUGUCAGUUUAUUAGUGUACUGUUCGGAACGGCUAUGCUCUCAGUUUUGCGGAUACUUUCAGAAGUGAAACACCUGGUGUUGUGAGUUGUGUUUGAUGAAAUUAAUUUGAGUGAUUUUGUUAAAUCUGCAGUGAAUGAUGAAGAGACACUGGGAUGGUGCGUACAAUUCAUCAUCAUCUAAGAGAAUAAGUAGUCGUUCUGCUCGUGGUGAAGAUACUGUAUUCAGUAUUUAUGCGCCAACACACGGGCCAUUGAGCGCCAGUCUGUCAAGAAAUGAUAAUAUCGAGGAGUCGCACACAUUCGAUGGUAGCUAUGCCGCCAUUGAUAUCGAGAAUAAUGAAAGAGGAGCACCAAAACCCAAGAAGCGCUCCUACAAGGAUUGGGUGAAGGAAAGAACAUUCCCAAAUCUUGCUGAAGCUGAAAGAGCAGUUUAUGAGGAAGGUUGCUGGUCGUAUCGAUUUAAGAAUCACACCUGUGAAGGAAUUAAGAAAUACUAUGAGUGCAAAUUUGGAAAGAGAAGGCGGAAGAAAUGUGCGCAGGAGCUGCAUUUGAUGCUAGAUAGUAGUUCGCACGAAGUGCACUUGUUCAGAACUAACCGCGAACAUACACAUUAUACGGGCAAUAAACGAGCAGAAGUUGCAACUCCGAGACAACCACCGCCACUCACACCGAGAGUUGUUCCCAGGAGUUUUGCAAAUGAAACCCCGAGUACGUCGACAAUGCCCCAAAUGGCCCCAAUGCCUAAUCUUGCAAUCAUAAAAGCCGAGUCUAUUGAUGGACCUUUUGAUGUGCAUGAUCAACAAGAGGAUUGUUCGGAGGAUGAAUCAGCAGAGCUAGACUAUGAGAACAAUCAAGUAGUAGCGGGCAGGGGGAAGAAGAUUCAUCGAAAUUGGGUACAGGAAGCGAUAUUUUCGUGUGAACAGGAAGCCCUAAACUACAUAAGGAAUGAAGGAUGUUGGGGCUUUAGGUUCAGCAAUACCACAUCUGAUGGAUUUAAGAACUAUUUUCGCUGCAACUUAACGCGAACACGUGGAAAGCAGUGUGCCCAGGAAAUUUAUCUAUUCUUCGAGAAGAAUUCUCAACGUGUCCAUUUGUAUCGUACUGACCGCGAGCAUACGCAUAGUAGCAUCGUGCAGGAGUAUCAGAGCAAUAAGGAACAAAUGCAGCAGGGAUUGUGGUACAAUGAACCCAGUACAUCACAGGCUUCCCAAAAUGUUGAACAGGAUCAACCCGAUCAACCAAUUAAAAUUGAAAUAUUGGAUUCAUCGUCUGACGAAUCAAACCACGAAGGCUUCGAUGCAUCCAAUAUUCCAAGCAUAAGCGAUUUUCUGUAUGAGCCACAGACGAUAAUUACACAGGAACGUCCACGAAUGAGGAAUUCAGUGCAGAAGAAUUGGGUGAAAGAGACAACUUAUGAAUGUGCUGAAGAUGCAGAAUAUAAAUUGAAGGAGGAAGGAUGUUGGAGCUAUCGCUUUAAGAAUAACACAUCUGAGGGUGCAAAGAAGUAUUUUCGUUGCAAUCGAGCAAAGCGUCGGGGUACGCAGUGUGCACAAGAAGUUCAUUUGCUCUAUGAAAACAGAUCCAAUAGGGUGCAUCUGUACAGAACAGAUAGUGAUCACACCCAUUCAGACAUUGGUGCACCGGGGAUAGGGAUGCCACCACUUGUGAAGGAAGAAAUAACAUUGAUGUACAGAAAUAAUGUGCAGAGAGCAAGUGAUAUUUAUCACAUUCUCAGCCAAAAUCCCCACCCGAAUAUGCCAUCCUUGCGGCAAAUAUCAAAUUUCCUCGUUUAUCUGCGAAAAAAGGAGGAGGAGUGUCGUCAACCCGAACGCAGCUUUGAUGAUGUCGUCAUCAAAGUUGAACCCCAAAGCGACUGUAUACAAUUAUUCUCCUCGGGAGACCUUUCUUCCGAGUGCGAGGAUGGAGGAGAGGUCAAAGAUGAUGGUACACCCGGCGCCCGGCCUGCGCCACUGCAGCAGCAGCCACUCCCGACUGGUGGACCACCCAACAUUCCACCACCCCCAGCUCCGGGAACUGCUGGGGGUCCGCCAAUUGCAGCCGGGGCGAAUGCACCUGAGCUGUCGUUGAGCUUCGGGAAGGGCCCAGCCCGUGGGACUAGUGCCCCAUCGAGCCCUGCCAAGUCUCGCGAGAGCCUUCUCCAACGGGUGCAGAGCCUCACAGGGGCUGCUCGCGAUCAGGGUGCAUCGAUCAUUGGAGCUGCAGUCUCGAGUGCAACUCGUCCUGCUUUCAACAAAGACCGCUGUCUGACCCUUCUUGUUCUCGAUGACCAAAAUACCGACUGGUCCAAGUACUUCCGCGGGAAGCGCCUUCACGGGGACUAUGACAUUCGCGUGGAACAAGCGGAAUUCCGGGAAAUCUCUCUAACUGCAAACGUUGAGACGGGUACUGUUGUCACCAUGGCGGUGGUGCGUGGUGGCACCAAAGUUGCACGAUCUUUUAAACCCGAUUUCGUGUUGGUGCGUCAACCGCCGAGAGAUGGUUCCCGUGACAAUAGAUCCACGCUCCUUGGGCUAAAGUACGGAAAUGUUCCCAGCAUUAAUUCUCUUUCGUCUCUCUACCAAUUCCAGGACAAACCGUGGGUCUUUGCUCAUCUCCUUCAGCUGCAAAAGCGACUGGGACGUGACAUCUUUCCGUUGAUUGAGCAGACUUUCUUCCCUAAUCCUCGUGAAUUGUUCAGCUGGCAGAAAUUUCCAUGCGUCCUAAAAGCAGGACACUGCCAUGGUGGGACCGCAACUGCGCGUCUCGAUAAUCAGACAGCACUCCAGGAUUCAGCAGGACUACUCUGCGGCUCAGGAAAUUCAUCGGAUUCUCAGUGCUACUGCACCCUGGAGCCAUACAUUGAUGCAAAGUUUGACAUACACAUUCAGAAGAUUGGAGGCAACUACAAGGCUUUCAUGCGUAAGUCAAUUUCCGGUCACUGGAAGACAAAUCAGGGAUCAGCAAUGCUGGAGCAAAUUUCCAUGACCGAUAGAUACAAACACUGGAUCGAUGAGAUAUCCGAACUUUUUGGUGGUAUGGAAGUGUGCGGGUUGUCGGUGGGUGUUGCAAAAGAUGGGAAGGAGUUCAUUUUGAGUGCACAAGAUAGUACAUUCCCACUAAUGGGCGACAGCCAGGAAGAAGAUCGUCGGCACAUUGCAGACUUAGUUGUGGGACGUAUGCAGAAUGUCUGUCGUCCUCCGGGGAUGUCGAAGGCUCAAUCUCGUACAUCAAUUUCAUCUCGUAGCGGAAGUGCAGGCGGUAGCCCAACUGAUGAGACAGCUGGUGGUGUGUUGGGAACACGUUCAGCACCUCCGGGAGCUCCACCACCAAUUCCCGAGCGUCAGACACCCGGAGUGGGAUCAAUUGCACGCCACGGGAGCCUCAGCAGCACUUCCGACAUUCCCGAUCAACCAACUGAGAAGGCACCAACACUCAGUUCAGCAGCAAGUCGUCGGGAUUCUCAGACAUCCCAAACAUCCAAUGUUUCCGGAACAUCGGCUCCAUCGCGUGCUGGACAACGUCCGCAGUCGCAGUCAUCCGUGGUUGAGGAUGCUGAGGAUACGAUGAAAAAUUUGCGAAAGACAUUUGCGGGGAUAUUCGGUGAUAUGUAGGAUUUGGCAUUUAAGAAGAAACAACAAAGAGGAAGGGCAACAAGUGAGGGCGGUAGCAGCCUCUACAGUGGGGCAAAUGAAGGCGAUGUAGUCAUCACAACUGCACCAACUAAAUCAACUGACAAUGGCAUUGUGAGCACGAGUACGUCUCAAAUGGGACGAACAACCAUUGUCACUGACACUGGAAGUGUGUCAGAUUCAGGAAAAUUAGCAUCAAGUGGCAGCAACAGUGCAGAGCUAUCGCGCACAUCAUCGAAUGUUUCUUCUUACAGUACAAAUCCUUCUGCUAGCCCUUCCCGAAAUAUUACAGCAGCAGAACCACAGGAUGAUACGAGGCGUCCAUCAUUUGAAAGAGUUAAUCCAUUUGAUAAGAUUCACACAACAACACAGCUACAAAGGGUGCAACGUAUCAGUAUGCAGCUGCACCCAAAGCUGAUGCACCACCAAAGGAUGAUGAGAAGACUUUGGAUGACAUCAUAAAGGAUCGUUUCCAUAAGCAACAAGGUGUUAGGGAUGAGACAACAGGAAGGUACAUACCACCAGUUAGUGAACCAACAACAACUGCAACAACCACCGCAGUUGAGACAACCACCACAGUGGAUUACAGCAAAUACAAAACACCAACAACUUCAAUCCCAACAAAUCGUAGUGAAGCAUUCAAGAAGUCUGUCCCGUCGUACAGUCGAUCCGAAAGCGUCAAAUCCGAUGCUGAACUCAUUUUUGGCACCACAAAGCCCGAUAUUAGUCAGUACACUACAGCCGGGAGAUUCUCCCGCUCUGGCAGUACGGAUGCUGAGAUAAUUUUUGGUGGUGCUCCACGCAACAUCAGCAAGUACAGCUACAGUAGUCGUGAAAGCCAGAGCAGCACCGAGUCUGAUAACAUUUUUACGCGUCGCGAUGAAAGUAAAUCCUUUUCAACGGACCGCAGUAUGGACUACCCUACAUCCAAGGCAUACGAAGGGAUCCAGAAUGCUGCUUUCCAGGACUUUGACACCCCAGGUGGGGCAACAGCACCAAAGGCACCCACAACAACCACAACGACGGUUACAUCCAAAUGGAGUGGUGCCGGUGGUGAUGAUGAUUAUGAUCUCAAGUAAACCUUUUCUUCAUUUAACCUGUCAGAUUGUAUUAAUUAAAGAGAAAAAAAACCUACUUAUUAAUCCUCUUAUAAAUUAAGCGAAAGUUACAAUCUUUAACCUAAAUCCUGCAUUAUUGUUAGCUAAACCUAUCAGCCUCGAGACAUACCGGGUUUCAUGUGCAUUGAAGCAGCAUAAAAAAAAAUGUAAUAUCCUCUAAAUAUUACGGUCAUUGCAAUGAAUUAAUUAAUUACAAAACGCAAGGAAAAAUAUUUUUAAAGUGUUUCCGCUAAAUGGGCGCAUUCUUACUCUGAGAAAUUGGCAGUGGGAGAGUACCAUUCAAAAGGAGAAGAGGAAAGGCCAUUUAAGGGCAAGGUUUUGGGUCAUCAUGAGGUUUGAAAAAUUGAAGUAAAACGUAUUUUUGUGAGGAUAUCUUAGAAGGAAAAUGUAUUUGUUUAAGGAAAAUUUGCUGAAGUAUUGAAAAGAAAAUCUUACAGAGAUCCUUUAAGAGAAAUUCAUCCCUUGAAGGACCUGAUGAAGGUCUUAAGCAAUAUUCCUGACCGAAUUGGGAGCGCAUUGAGGUUUUCAUCUUGAGAAAACUCGCACAAUGAGACUGGUUUGUAAAGAAUGAUUUUUAUGAGAAUAUUUCCGAGUCUGUUUAAGAUUUAGGAAGAGCUUAGAUCCUUUUUGUAUUGGGUGGAAAAGGAUAUCUGAGAAUGACAAUAGUUUACAAGAUAAGAAAACUCAAAAAUCUUCUCUAUCUCGAUGAUACCUCAAGAUUAAAUAACUUUUAAAUAAAAAUCCUUCCCCAUGCCUUUUUCCCACUGUAAGAUAAUUUUAUUCCGCUUUUCCUUCGUAAUUUGAAAACUAUGAAAAUCCUAUAAAAUGCAUUCAAUGUAAAAUGAAAAUAUUCUGUAUUUGAAAACAAAAAAAAACUUUGAAGAAAAUUUGCUUUUGUCGAAUAAAUGGAAAUUCGUAUCACUGAAUGGACUGCUUUUUCCAAAGAUGAUAUUCAAGGAAAAUGGGAAAAUGGAAAGAAAUAAUUUAAAGAAAAAAAAUGAAACAAGUCUCUGAAUGAUACCACCGAAAAGAUGUGAACUUGUCUCACCUAGUAAUGAUGAAUAAAAAAAAUAGAUUUGUUUUUUUCUUUAAUUUUCUAAGUGAUAUAUUUUAUUUGACCUCAAACUGCAUUUAUUUGUGCCUCAUUUUUUAAUCACUUAUAUACUCAUGUUCUUGUCAGAGUUAAAAGAAAAAAAUGUGAGAUGUUAAGAAAAGAAAAUAGGUUUAAGAAUUUUCUGGAAAAUCUCACAUAGCAAUAAAAAAUUAGAAAACAAAAAAUUCAUGAAUUUUUCCAGAAAAAUCUCAAACCAUUUAGUAGCAAUUAUUAUAUCAUAUGAGACAAUAUAAAAUAAGCCAUAUAAUAUAGGUGAAUAUUUUAUCUGUUUGAUGAAAACACAACAAAAGAAUAUUUGAUAAAUUGAUAAAAAAAAAUAUUUAAAAACUGUUACGAAAAAUAUUAUAAAUAUAUUAUGUGAAAAUAUAGGAUUUACUCCACACUGAAAUAAAUUAUUAUUAAGUAAUUAUAAAUUGCAAAUAGAUGAUUAUUAUGUUACUUAAAAUUAUAGAUAAAAAUUUAUUUUUAAAAAUUAUUUAAUUUUUUUGGCGAUAAUUGAAAAUUUUAAAAUUUCAGUUGAAGAAGAAAAUUACAACGAAAAUCCUUUUUAUUUUGAGAUAAAAAAAUCAAGAACAUUGCAUUUUAUUUUGCGCACACACUGGAGAUUGUUUUUUAUUUAUAUUAAUUAUCCACAAGUCUAUAUAACUUACAUUAGAGAAAAAAAUAUAUAAUUCACAAAAUAUAGAAAAAGUAUUACUUGCACUUCUAAAGUUAAUGAAAAAAAAACAAUGUUUAGUGAUUAAGAUUAUAAAAAAAAACACCUAAAAUAAUUUGAUCAAUGUUACCAUACUAAAUGCUUAUUGCAAAAAUAAAAAAAAAUACUUACAUUACCAAAAAAAAUAUUAAUCAUAAAAUCAUACAUUUUCUUAAAAAAAAAAUCAUGUACUUUCAACUAAAAAAAAACAACAAAUUUUGCGAACUUGUGAAAAUGAAAUGCAGACCUUUGGACAUUUAUGAUUGUUCAAGAUGUUAAAAAUACAAUUUUUCCUUACAAAAAACUAUUAUAUACCUAUCAUAAAAAAUACCUAUUCAGUAUACAUUAUAAAUUAUGCAUAAAUACAAAAAAAAUCCUUAUUCCGUUAAUAAAGAAUUAACAAUUACCCUAAUGAAAAAAAAAACAUAAAUAUGUGUUGUGAAAAUUGUUAAAAUGAAGAAAAAAAAACUUAAUAUGGGUUCCAAAGAGAAAAUGGAGAAAUAAAGAUUUGAAAAAUCUUCAUUGGAUGUAACUGCCAU